CAAAACGAGGUCAUGUCUUGAUGCCCAUCGGUCCUAUCACAGCCAGCAAGGGGCGUCCAGUGAGGGAUCUUAAGCAGCAUGAACGCCACCGCUAUCCUGUUCACUCCUCUCUCGAGUGAAAUCCCGUCCAUGGCCCCCGACAAUGUCACCGCCGACGCGAACGACACGACCGACGGAAUGGCCGAAGUGCUACGCUUUGUAGACUACCCGCGACCGAUACUAACCGGCGGCUUCGUGGCUCUCGUAUUCAUGGCCGUCUUCGGCGUGCUCUCCAACGCAGUCUCCAUCGCGGCACUGCUGCGCUCGUCGAAGCUUCUCAAGAACGCGACCACAGCGCUCGUCUUGAACCUGUGCUUCACCGAUCUUCUCUUUUCGGCGCUGAGCACGCCGCUGGCUGCCACCGUCUUCUGGAACGCCGGCUGGGUGUACAGUGAUGGCCUGUGCGUAGCGUACGGAGUGAGCCGGUUCUUCAACACUGGCGCAUCCAUUUUCACAGUCAUGGCCAUCAGCAUCAACCGGUACGUGAUCAUAGUGAAACCCCGGCUGUACGGGCGCGCCUUCAGCGAAGGCAACAACCUGCUCGUCGUCACUGCGACUUGGCUGUUGACGCUGUCGCUACUAAUCUGGCCCACAGCCGGCAUCUGGGGCCGCUUUGGCUGGGACGCCGAGAUCGGCACUUGCAGCGUGGUCCCGAAGAACGGACGCAGCAGCAAGGCAUUUCUCUUCAUGGUGGCAUACUUUUUGCCGGCCACGUCUUUCGUCAUAUGCUACAGCCGCAUCUACUGGAUCGUGCGCAAGACGCAGCGGAACCUGCGCCAGUACAGCACCAACCACAAGUCAGCGGCGUUCGUGGCGCGACUUUUCGCCAAGCAAGAGGGAGGCACCGGCGAACCGGUCUCCGUGGAGAAGGCCCAACGGCAGCAACGCCGCAUCGCCAAAGACUGGCGGCUGCUGAAGACGGUGUUUGCCAUAUUCGCGGCAUUCACCCUUUGUUAUCUACCCCUGCUGGUGCUGAAGGCUUUCCGACUGCUGGACAACUACCCGAGCAUCCAGGUAUUCGCAUACCUGACCUUCUACUUUUCGGGAUGCGUGAACCCGAUCAUAUACAUCUGCAUGAGUCGCGAGUACAGGCAGGCAUACAAGGAACUAUGGCCGUGCGCCAAGAGCGCGGCACUCUCCGAGAGCACUGGAAGCCAGGAGACGCCUGUGUGAAACGAAUUUCCUCGGUGCGGGACAAAUGUGUAUUGACUGACGUCUCGACUAACAUUAUGUCGAUCUUAUUUAGCAUGACUAUAGUGGUGAUUCUGUUCUGUUUGUGCUUUCAGGCGUCUCGAUCUCAGAUUCCUCUCGCAACGUACAUACACUCACUUACGUACUUAUGGAGACCCUCCAGGUGUGAGACCAGGCUAGCUGAUGAUGACGAUCCUUAAGGGAGGCACGCACCCACGUCUGCGGGGUAUUGCAGGCUACCACGAGUCCUGCAAAAAAAAAAAUGUUUGAAGGAAAGUGUAUCACUGAAUUACGUUGGCCAUUUGUUGUCUUUAUUUCGUGUUGUCUUAAUGUGGAUAAAAAUGUGUAUAUAUCACGUGGCAGUGCUCCGCGGUAAUACUAUAUACAAGCCAUGACUUCUUACUGACGUUCGUCUGAGAGCCGAACAUUACUGAGCGAUGUGCGCAGCUGAAGGAAGAACGGUAAUAAUAAAUAUCGGGCUGGUCGGUCCAGAAUGAUUGAAAGUUUAUAACAGCAUGACUUACUCUUGUCC